AUGACGGCCCUGCUCCUGUCUGCUGCGCGUCGUCUGCGGCCUCUCCGGCCGCAGCUUGCUCGGGCGAUGGUGGACGUCCCCCUCGGGCGCGUCGCGGCGCCUCCGCCGCCGGCGGCGGACGAGGCGCCCGCCAGCGAUUUUGUGGCAUACGAGGUGGCUGGCGGCGUCGCACGGAUCACGCUCGCGAUGCCGGAGAGGAAAAACGCGCUGAGCGUGGAGCUGGUGAACGCGCUGGGCGACCACCUCGCGGCGGCUGCCACCGACGACGACGUCCGCGUCGUCGUGCUCUCCAACGAGGGCAACACCUUUUGCGCCGGCGCGGACCUGAGCGGCCGCUCAACCGCCGCGCCGCGCCACUCGUUGGUGUCUGUGCUGGAUGCGAUCGUCGAGUGCCCGAAGCCGGUGGUCGGCCGCGUGGCGGGGCACUGCAUGGGCGGCGGCGUUGGCCUCGCGGCCGCGCUGGACGUGUCGGUCGUCGCUGACGACGCAAAGAUUGGCUUCACAGAGGCGAGCCACUCCCCCUCCGCCUGCCACGCCGCCGCCGCCGGGCCCCACCCGCGCCCGCCAUCCCGGACGCCUCCGCCUAGCGCCCACCACCGCCACCCUUCGCCGUCGCCACCUCCGCCUCCACCUCCGCCUCCGCCUCCACCUCCUCCACCGCCUCCACCUCCGCCUCCGCUGCAGGUCCGGCUGGGCGUCUGCCCGGCGGUCAUCUCCGUGGUGUGCCUGCCCAAGCUGCGGCGCGCGGACGCGAGCGAGCUUUUCCUCAGCGGCGAGCGGAUCAGCGCCGCGCGGGCGGCGGCGGUAGGUCUGGUCAACUACGCGGUGGACGAGCUCGUGGGCAAGCUCGUGCGCGGCGGGCCGAAGGCGCUCGCCGCCUCGAAGCAGCUGGUGGCGCGGGUGCCGCAGAUGAGCCGCGAGGAGGCGUUCGACUGGGCGGCGCCCCUCUCGCAGCAGCUCUUCCACUCGGACGAGGCGAAGGAGGGCAUCGCCGCGUUCAAGGAGCGGCGCGACGCGGCGUGGGUGCCGGCGUGA